AUGGCCGUAACACGACUGACCUUUCUCUCCUUUCUUGCCUUGAUACCUUUCUCCCUGGCAGCUCCCAGAACCAGGAUUGCUGCUGCCCCUAGCUCUAGUGAAGCUGCGGGCGGAUCUCCCAGCGCUCCCCCCACUCGCAGCCAUCCAACGUCGCUCCCACAUCUUGUGUACAGCGGCACGCCCACUACGACGGGUGCCCUGACUGCGAGCGCUGUUGGAACCGGCGUCGCCGUCGUACCUCUUCAACCAGCGGCUACAACAUACCCAAGUGAUGGGCACCUCCAUGACGCUCAACCAGCGCCAUAUGUUCCCGCUGGCGGCAUUGGGACCAAUGCCACGCCAGUCUACAAUGCAAAGAGUGAUUUCGACUAUGAAUCCCUGGCCCUUGCCCUGUACCAAGAAUGGAUAGAGCUUGAUCUCUUCCAGAACGGGCUUGCCACUUUCUCGGUAGCAGAUUUCGAGGCUGCUGGCCUGACCGCACAGGACCGCUUCUUGAUCGAGUUUAUGGCUCAGCAGGAAGUCGGGCAUGCCACCAUGGUCAGCAAUAUCCUGGGCCCAUCAGCUCCCCAGCAGUGCGACUAUAAGUACCCGUUCACGACGGUGCGCGAAUUCGUGGAUUUCUGCCAGAAGCUCACCCGGUUUGGAGAAUCCGGGGUUUACGGCUUCCUUCCACACUUGAAUUCCCGCGAGGCCGCUCAGCUGCUGCUCCAGUCCAUCACCACGGAGGCUCGCCAGCAGAUGAUUUUCCGUCAGUUUGACGGCAUCUUCCCCAUGCCCGUAUGGUUCGAGGUCGGCGUUCCCCAGUCCUGGGCGUGGACGCUUCUCGCUCCGUAUAUCACGUCCUGCCCAGCCAACCAGACAAGACUGGCCUGGCAGAACUUCCCUGCUUUGUGGAUUCUGAACCAGCCAAACCCGGCGCGAGUGAAUGGCUCAGGGGGUUAUAACGAGACUCUCACUGCGGGCAUGAACACCCUGAAUUCUACUGUCCCCGCUGACAGUGCCUGUGUCAAUAGCACUGACGUCUCUUCCUGUUCCCCGGCCAUCACCCAGAACCGUACCAUCCCGCUUUCCUGGCCAGGUCGCCUGGUGGAAUUGGCUUGGGACAGUCCUAACAAGACGGUUGGACCCAACAACAGUUACAUCACGUCGACUUCGGCCGGCGCUCCCGCCUAUGUCGCUUGGGUCACGCAGCUGAACGUGACCUAUUCCAAGUUGAAUGUCCUCAACUCGUCUUACGGCACCACGAUUCAGCCCAACCUGGAGACCUAUCUCGGCGACCCAGCGAUCAAUGGAACCAUGUUUAUUGCGAUCACCGACGCGGAUCCUUACCUGACUCCCUUCAACCUCAGUCUCAUUAAUCCCCACAGCUUAGUGUCGCUCGACGAUGCGAUUGGCUGCGGUCGAUUUCCGCCGAAGCUGCCGACGCGAGGCAUCCAACUCCGCGUCUCCAACACCAAGCUCCAACACCACGCGCUUGCACUGACGACCACACCGGAACUCCUCUGCUCAGCAGAUGGAACGCGUUUGCUUAUUUGUCCAGUUAGAGUAAUCCGGACCAUGGACCCUCCCAGAAAUCGGAAACAGCGACGCGCUGCUGCGGCUGCGGCCUCUUCUUCUACCUCCUCUGCCGAUUCGUUCGAUCCGUCGUCUAUCCCCCUCGCUCAUCCUCCGCCUGCGGAUUCAAGAGACAAGCGGCAAGGAAAAACACUUAUCGAGAUUGCCGCAGAACGCCAGAAAGAGCUUCAGGCCUUGGCUGGCAAGAAUGGGAAGGGGUCAGCCGCCGCGGAAUCGACACUGUUGAACCCCGAAUCCACGGAGACCCAAUUCGUCCAGAUCACCCCGGAUGGGAAGGUUUCGCGCUUCAACCCGCCUGACAGUGACGCCUCUUCAGGCCAGCCAGGGUCAGACAGCGCUUCUCAGCAGCGUGACGCCCCUCUGCCACCGCUUGUCGACACCCUCCUCCUUUCGCUCCCUCUGACGACUCUGCACUUCACUCUCGCCUUCCUCGCCGCACAUCAGUACCUGGAAAAGAUCCCUUUCCGACAACUGGCGCUGGAGUCUAUCAUAGUUGCAUUUCCAGUCCUGACUUUUUGCAUCCACCUCGCUCACGGACACAUCAUUCCCUUUGGAAACCGCUCCAAGGCCAAAUCCCAGAAAACGGAUCAAACCUCGACGCGCCGCUUUUGGGACAAGCUAAUUCCCUCCCUACGAACGAUGCUAUUUCUUCCGCCGGCCGUGUGCCUGGGCAGUUAUCUGAUCCAGAUCACGAAUGACUCCCCAUACUAUGCGGUCAUGAAACGGGCGCCGGCGAUCGGCACCCUGUGGGUAUGGUGCGUGCUGGAGAUGUCAGCGGGCGCGGCAGUGCUGGCCGUUUUGGCGCCUCUUGGUUGGGGAGUCCUGUGGAAUGGAUACGGAAUAAUCUAG